AGUCAGGGUGCUUGGUGGGGGGAUUUAGGGCUCUUCCUCUCCGUCUUUUCUCUCGCUCAAACUUAAUAUUUAGAUAUAGUCUGGUGCCGUGCAGCGGAGUGGUCUUGGAUCAUGAUGGCGGGGUGCAGGUUUUGGAUAUUCUUUGCUGUUGCUGUAUCUAUCCUCGGGACUCUCGUGGUUCAGGUGCACUGCAAUGAGGAGUCGGCGCUGAUCGGCGCCCUGUUCAAGAACUACAACAAGAACAUUCGCCCGGUGAAGCAUCCUGAAGAUAAGCUGGAGAUCCAGAUUAAGCUGACCCUCACUAACCUCAUCUCCCUGAAUGAAAAGGAGGAGACUCUAACGACCAAUGUGUGGAUUGAGAUUACAUGGCUUGAUUAUCGCCUCAUGUGGAACGAAUCGGAGUAUUACGGCAUCGGUGUUAUUCGUGUCCCGUGCAACACCGUUUGGCUUCCUGACAUUGUCCUUGAGAACAACAUUGAUGGCAAGUUUGACGUGGCUUACUACGCCAAUGUGUUGAUCUACAGCAAUGGUUGGAUGUACUGGCUGCCACCUGCCAUCUAUCGCAGCACGUGUGCCAUCGAGAUCACCUACUUCCCAUUUGAUUAUCAAAACUGCACACUGGCAUUCAGAUCCCAGACGUACAGUUCCAAUGAAGUAGACCUCCUCUUGGCUGUAGGAGAUACAGGCGAGACCAUUGAGUGGGUGGAUAUCGACCCUGAGGCUUUCACAGAGAACGGCGAGUGGGCCAUCGUCCAUCGUCCGGCCAGGAAGAUGAUCAACAAACGGUACUCCCCAGAUGACCUGGAGUAUCAGGAGGUCUUGUUCAAUCUUAUCAUCCAAAGGAAGCCCCUCUUCUAUGUCAUCAACAUCAUCCUGCCCUGCUCCCUCAUCUCUUCACUGGUAGUGCUGGCCUACUUCUUACCUGCACAAGCCGGCGGACAGAAGUUGACGGUGUCCAUCUCCGUCCUGCUGGCUCAGACUGUCUUCCUCUUCCUCAUCGCUCAGAAGAUCCCUGAGACAUCUCUCUCUGUGCCUCUCAUUGGCAAGUACCUGAUCUUCGUCAUGUCCGUCACUACUCUCAUCGCUACGAACCAAAUCGUUGUGCUCAACAUCUCCCUGCGCAGCCCCAGCACUCACAACAUGCCCCGCUUUAUCAAACUUCUUUUCCUGCAGUCGUUACCUCGUCUCCUGGGCAUGGCCCCGCUGGUGGACGACGGAGAGGUGGUGAUGGAGGUGAACGGAGUGAGGGAGCGGCGCCGCAGCUCCUUCGGCCUCAUGCAGAGAGCAGAGGAGUAUGUGAUGAAACAACCCCGCAGUGAGAUGAUGUUUGACAGGCAGAGAGAGAAGCAUGGGCUCACACGAUCCGUCGUGGAUAAUAUGGAUGUCAGCAGCACAGCCAACCUGUACAAGAGUUUGGCGCAGUCUGCACCCGAGAUCAAGCAAUGCGUCGACGCCUGCAACUUCAUUGCCGAGAGCACGAGACAGCAAAACAACAUCGGAUCUGAAAUAGAAAGCUGGGUGCUGAUUGGAAAGAUGAUCGACAAGGUUUGUUUCUGGGUCGCCUUCUUUCUUUUUAUCAUCGGCACGGUGGCCAUCUUCUUAACAGGACACUUCAACCGCGCGCCUGAAUUUCCUUUUCCUGGGCAGAGCAAAAAAUAUGUACCAAGUUAAAAAUCAAACAAGAAAAACCUUUUUGCUCUGAUGAAACCUUUCCAGGGUGCCUCAUGCUGUCUGUAAGGAUGAGGGAUGUUGCUCUUUGAGUCGCCGGAUCAGGUUCAGGGUUGCGUUAGUUAGAGCUUUAAUAACCGAAGACUCGACAACAGACUCUGUGUUUAUAUUCACAGAUAAGAUUAGUCAGGCAGCGGAGGGAUUUUCAUUCAAACUUACUGUUCAUCUUAGCGUAAGUUUGUUGGAUGUAUACAUUAAAUGAGUGGAUCAGGUCUCAUUUAAAAGUGAUGUUUUAAAUCAUAGCUAUCAAGUAUUCCUAUUAUGUGGUUUGUUGUAUAAACAGUAUGAGUGCUGAAGGAAGGAAAGGGAUGAAGGGGAUUCACCGCCUUGCUGAGAGAGUUAUUUAUCUUGUUGCAAGCCAUAAAAACUGUGUAGAACUGGAAUUAUAAAUAAGGUUUCUUAGCUGAUUUUAUUUACACGUGAUGUGCAACAUGUGUCCAUCUCUCAUGGGUGUUAUAAAAGUCAUCCAUGUAUUACACAUACCUGAUCAAGUCUGUAAGUUUCCGUGCGUGUAGUCUUACUUGCGUGGAAAACCUACGCAUGUAACUGAAGCCAGCCAACUCUGUAUCAAAGCCUCUUUCUUCUUCUUACUGCAAUGACUUAUUUAUCAGAAAAGCUUUCGAGGCGGCUGAGAGGGACGUUGUCUUUAUUCAUUGUGCCAUGUUUUUUAAAAUAAAUUCAUUGUUUUGUG